AUGGGUGCCAAGGGAAGUGUAAAAGAGGGGCCAGCAUGGGGUCUGGAGUUGUCUCACUGUGUAGGGGCCAACUCGCUGGGCCCCGCUGUGCCUUGGCGGUCCGGGGGGCCCUGCAAGAUGAAGAGAGUCCGCACUGUCUUCAAACCAGAGCAGCUGGAGCGGCUGGAGCAGGAGUUCCUCAAGCAGCAGUACAUGGUGGGCACGGAGCGAGUAGACCUGGCUGCAACUCUGCAUCUCACAGAGACUCAGGUGAAAGUCUGGUUCCAGAACCGGAGGAUCAAGUGGAGGAAGCAGAGCAUGGAGCAGAAGGCAGCAAAGCUGUCACAAUUUGGGGUGAUACAGCCUGCCACUGUGGACUCGACAGACAUCAAGGACCACGAGGAGGACACUGUGGAUGUUGAGCUUUGAACAGCUGAUGAGAUUCAGCUGCCACUGCUGUUUUUUCAGCCGUGCCUGCUUGAUGGAGAUGGAGAUACUGGGGAUGCAGGCACGUCUGUGCUUCUUUGGUCCAAGUGAGACAUUACACUCUUGAUCUGAGAGUUGGAGCUACAGGAUGAACUGCAGCUGGCUGGGAGGAACCCCCCAAAUACUGUUUGGCUGCUGUUCAGUAGCCAUGUGCCAUAAUUCUGGGGGCUUCAUCACCAGACCGGUUGUCCUUGAUGGUGCCAUAGCUGUGGCAAUGCGUGUGAUCUCCUGUUU